GGAGGUGACUGGUGAGAAAGCGGACAAGUGCGGACAAAAUCCAACUGGCAACUAGACGCCGCGAUUUUCAAUUGGGGUACAUCCGCAAUUCCGCAUAUCAUGGAAUUACACGAGGAAUCCCGGCCGGAGCAGUUGUGCCGCUGACCACACCGCCAGUGUUUUAUUCCCGAGACGGUGUUCUUCUGAAGAAGACACACCGAAAAGUUGAGCCAAAUGUCUGACAAAAUGUCCAGUUUCCUCCACAUCGGGGACAUCUGCUCCCUGUAUGCGGAGGGAUCCACCAAUGGAUUUAUCAGCACUUUAGGUUUGGUGGAUGACCGCUGUGUGGUACAACCAGAAUCUGGGGACCUAAACAACCCUCCUAAGAAAUUUCGAGACUGUCAGUUCAAGUUGUGUCCAAUGAACAGGUACUCAGCCCAGAAACAGUUCUGGAAAGCUGCAAAACCUGGUGGAAACAACACCACAGACACUGUACUCCUCAAUAAAUUACAUCAUGCUGCUGAUCUAGAGAAGAAACAGAAUGAAUCAGAAAACCGGAAGCUGCUGGGAACGGUGAUACAGUACGGAAAUGUUAUUCAGCUGUUGCAUUUAAAAAGCAAUAAGUACCUUACGGUCAAUAAACGACUGCCUGCUUUGCUGGAAAAGAACGCCAUGCGUGUGACGCUGGACUCGGCUGGAAAUGAAGGCUCCUGGUUCUACAUACAGCCCUUUUACAAACUCCGCUCCAUAGGAGACAGUGUUGUUAUUGGGGACAAAGUGGUUUUGAAUCCAGUAAAUGCAGGACAGCCUCUACAUGCCAGCAGCCAUCAGUUGGUAGACAAUCCUGGCUGCAACGAGGUGAACUCUGUGAACUGCAACACUAGCUGGAAGAUUGUUUUAUUUAUGAAAUGGAGUGACAACAAGGAAGCCAUUCUUAAAGGAGGUGACGUGGUUCGGCUGUUUCAUGCCGAGCAGGAGAAGUUUCUAACUUGCGAUGAACACAGGAAGAACCAAUAUGUGUUCCUGCGAACCACUGGCCGCCAGUCCGCUACCUCUGCCACUAGCAGCAAAGCAUUGUGGGAAGUGGAGGUGGUUCAUCAUGACCCAUGUCGUGGUGGUGCCGGUUACUGGAAUAGUCUUUUCAGGUUCAAACACUUGGCCACAGGACACUACCUGGCAGCAGAGGUGAGUGAGGUUAAUCCUGACUAUGAGGAAGAGUCACAGGAAUCACGUUCAUCUGUGGCAGAUUUUUCACCCUUUAACUUCCAGCUUGACUCAGAACAUGAAGCUCUGCGAGCACGUCUGCGAACGCCCAACGAGAAGGUCAUGUACACCCUCGUGUCGGUCCCCGAUGGCAAUGACAUCUCCUCCAUAUUUGAGCUGGAUCCCACCACCCUCAGAGGAGGAGACUCCCUCGUACCCAGGAACUCCUAUGUGAGACUGAGGCACUUGUGCACCAAUACAUGGGUCCACAGCACCAACAACCCCAUCGACAAAGAGGAGGAGAAGCCGGUUAUGUUACGGAUUGGCACAUCACCUAUCAAAGAAGAUAAAGAAGCCUUCGCCAUUGUGCCAGUCCCUCCUGCGGAGGUGAGGGACCUAGACUUUGCCAAUGAUGCCAGUAAAGUGUUGGCAUCCAUCGCUGGCAAGCUGGAGAAGGGCACAAUCACUCAGAAUGAAAGAAGGUUUGUCACUAAGCUUCUCGAGGACCUUGUGUUUUUUGUGGUGGACAUUCCAAACAAUGGGCAGGAUGUUUUGGAGAUCAUGGUCAAUAAACCUGACCGUGAACGGCAGAAACUCAUGAGAGAGCAGAAUAUCUUGAAACAAAUCUUCAAGCUGCUUCAGGCCCCAUUCACAGACAGUGGUGAUGGGCCCAUGUUGCGUCUGGAGGAGCUGAGUGACCAGAGACAUGCACCCUUCAGGCACAUCUGCAGACUGUGCUACCGUGUGCUGCGGCAUUCACAGCAGGACUACAGGAAGAACCAGGAAUACAUUGCCAAGCAGUUCCGCUUCAUGCAGAAACAGAUCGGCUACGACGUGUUGGCUGAAGAUACAAUAACGGCCCUCCUCCACAACAACCGCAAGCUCUUAGAGAAGCACAUCACGGCGGCAGAAAUUGACACUUUUGUCAGCCUUGUGAGGAAAAACCGUGAACCAAGGUUUUUGGACUACCUGUCCGAUCUGUGUGUGUCCAUGAACAAGUCCAUCCCGGUGACUCAGGAGCUGAUCUGUAAUGCGGUGCUGAAUCCUGCCAAUGCUGAUAUCUUAAUAGAGACCAAGCUGGUGUUGUCUCGGUUUGAGGUCGAGUCUGGAGAGGGUCCUGUGGAGUCAGAGGAGGAUGAGGAGGAGGUGUGGUUGUUUUGGAAGAACAGUGCUAAGGUGAUCAAGAGUAAGAGCAUCAGAGAGCUGGCACAAGAUGCUAGAGAAGGCCAGAAAGAUGACCUGGACGUCAUUAGCUACUACAGAUACCAGCUGAACCUGUUUGCACGGAUGUGUUUGGACCGCCAGUACUUGGCCAUUGAGAAGAUAUCAGGCCAGCUGGAUGUGGACCUGAUCCUGCGCUGCAUGUCGGAUGAAGACCUGCCCUAUGACCUCCGUGCCUCUUUCUGCCGGCUGAUGCUUCACAUGCAUGUAGACCGUGACCCGCAGGAGCAGGUCAUGCCUGUGAAAUACGCCAGGCUGUGGUCUGAGAUCCCAUCCAAAAUCGCCAUUGAUGAUUAUGAUAAUGAUGGAACCAGUAGAGACGAGAUAAAAGAGCGCUUUGCACUCACUAUGGAUUUUGUGGAGAACUACCUCAGAGAUGUGGUCUGUCAAAAUAUUCCUUUUUCUGAUAAAGAGAAAAACAAACUUACUUUUGAGGUUGUGAAUUUAGCAAGAAACCUUAUUUACUUUGGCUUUUACAACUUCAGUGACUUGUUGCGUUUGACGAAGAUCUUGUUGGCAAUUUUGGACUGUGUUCAUGUCAGUACCAUCUAUCCCGUCAACAAAAUGGAAAAAGGAGACGAGUCCAAAAGUAGCAAUGUAAUGAAAUCCAUCCAUGGCGUUGGAGAGCUGAUGACGCAGGUGGUCCUAAGAGGAGGCGGAUUCUUACCCACAAACCCCACAACACCCCCAGAUGGUGAUGUGGUGAAGACCCAGACAGAACCAGAGAAGGAAGACAUUCUGGUGAUGGACACCAAACUGAAGAUCAUAGAGAUCCUACAGUUUAUUCUGAACGUUCGACUAGACUACAGGAUCUCUUGCUUGCUCUGCAUCUUCAAACGUGAGUUCGAAGAGAGCAACACACAAACGGAUGCAGUGCCAGCUGCAAAUGCAGACGGGCCCAACAGUAUCCCAGCUUUGGACUUUGAGAACAUUGAAGAACAAGCAGAAGGAAUAUUUGGGGGAAGUGAGGAGAACUCUCCUCUGGAUCUUGAUGACCAUGGCGGCAGAACGUUUUUGAGGGUUCUGCUGCAUCUCACCAUGCACGACUAUCCACCGCUUGUGUCUGGAGCACUUCAUUUGCUCUUCAGACACUUCAGUCAGAGACAAGAAGUGCUCAUGGCUUUCAAACAGGUUCAACUUCUAGUGACCAGUCAGGAUGUUGACAACUACAAGCAGAUCAAAUCAGACCUUGACCAGCUGCGAUCUAAUGUGGAAAAAUCUGAGCUCUGGGUAUACAAACGACAGGGUGAUGAAGGCAUGGAUGCAGGAGAUGGACUCCCAGCAGAGUCUGACCACAAAAAGAAGGACUCUGGCAAAAAAAAGACAGACGGAAAUGGAAGUGACAAUUAUAGAGAUGUGAAGGAGAUCCUCUUGCGUCUAAGCAGACUGUGUGUACAGGAAGGACCAUCAGGGAAGAAGAGUAAGAAACAGCAGCAGAGGCUGUUGAGGAACAUGGGAGCUCAUUCAGUGGUGCUUGAACUGCUGCAGAUCCCUUAUGAGAAGGGUGAGGAUGUCAGAAUGCAAGAGAUUAUGAAACUGGCUCACGAGUUUCUUCAGAACUUCUGCGCAGGGAACCAGCAGAACCAGACUCUGCUCCACAAACACACCAACCUGUUCCUCAACCCUGGGAUCCUGGAGGCCAUCACCAUGCAGCACAUAUUCAUGAACAACUAUCAGCUGUGCAGUGAGAUGAACGAGCGUGUUGUACAGCAUUUUGUCCACUGCAUCGAGACCCACGGCAGACACGUGCAGUACCUGAAGUUCCUGCAGACCAUCGUCAAGGCUGAGAACAAAUUUAUCAAAAAAUGCCAGGAUAUUGUAAUGGCAGAGCUGGUGAACUCUGGAGAGGACGUGCUGGUCUUUUAUAAUGACCGGGCCUCCUUCCAGACUCUGGUCCAGAUGAUGCGUUCGGAGCGUGACCGGAUGGAUGAAAACAGCCCCCUCAUGUACCACAUCCACCUGGUGGAGCUGUUGGCCGUCUGCACAGAGGGGAAAAACGUCUACACCGAAAUCAAGUGCAAUUCCCUGCUGCCAUUGGACGAUAUCGUCCGUGUGGUUACACACAAAGACUGCAUCCCUGAGGUCAAAAUUGCAUAUAUCAACUUCCUGAACCAUUGCUACGUGGACACAGAGGUGGAAAUGAAGGAGAUCUACACCAGCAACCACAUGUGGAAGCUCUUUGAGAACUUUCUGGUUGACAUAUGCAGGGUCUGCAACAAUACAAGCGACCGCAAACAUGCUGACAUGACAUUAGAAAGCUACGUGACAGAAACCGUGAUGAGUAUUGUGACGACAUUUUUCAGCUCCCCUUUCUCUGACCAGAGCACUAGUUUACAGACCCGACAGCCUGUGUUUGUGCAGCUCCUGCAGGGGGUUUUCAGAGUUUACCACUGUAACUGGCUCGUUCCUACCCAGAAGGCCUCAGUGGAGAGCUGUAUUAAGGUUCUGUCUGAUGUGGCCAAGAGCAGAGCGAUCGCCAUCCCGGUGGAUCUGGACAGCCAGGUGAACAACCUGUUUGUGAAGUCCAACAAUGUGGUUCAGAAAACCAUCCUCAAUUGGAGGAUGUCAGCUCGCAACGCGUCCAGAAGAGACUCAACGCUCACCACUUCCAAAGAUUACAGGAACAUCAUUGAGAGGCUGCAGGACAUCGUGUCUGCUCUGGAGGAUCGUCUGCGGCCCCUGGUUCAAGCUGAGCUCUCGGUGUUGGUGGACGUACUGCAUCGCCCAGAGCUGCUCUUCCCUGAAAACACAGACGCCCGACGGAAAUGCGAGAGUGGAGGCUUCAUCUCUAAAUUAAUAAAACACACUAAACAGCUUUUAGAGGAGAACGAGGAGCGUUUGUGUAUUAAAGUUCUGCAGACGCUUCGAGAAAUGAUGACUAAAGACCGUGGCUAUGGGGAAAAGCUAAUUGCCUUUGAUGAUGAGCUGGAUGUGGCUGAGCUUGCACCCCCACCAGAACAAGAGGUCCCAGCAGAGGAGUUUGAUCCAAACCAGCCCCAGAAGCAACUGGAGGAUCAGAAAAGGGGUGAAGCUUUGAGGCAAGUUCUGGUGAACCGUUACUAUGGCAACUUCAAGCCGGGUGGCAGGCGAGACAGUUUGACCAAUUUCAGCAACGGUCCGCUCCCCCCCGGCGGUCAGACCAAGACUCCUACAGGUUUGUGGGGUUCAGCGGGCAGUCGAGGGGAGAUGAGCCUGGCAGAAGUGCAGUGUCAUCUGGAUAGAGAAGGUGCGUCUGACCUGGUCAUUGACCUCAUCAUGAACGCCACAAGUGACCGAAUCUUCCAGGAAAGCAUCCUGCUGGCCAUCGCUCUGCUGGAGGGAGGAAACCCCGUCAUACAGCGGUCAUUUUUCUGCCGUCUGACAGGCGACAGUAAGUCAGAGAAGUUUUUUAAAGUGUUUUAUGAGCGGAUGAAGCUGGCCCAGCAAGAGAUAAAGGCAACUGUGACGGUGAACACCAGCGAUCUGGGCAGCAAGCGCAAAGACGAGGACACCAACGAGAAGGACACCCAAACACGCAAGAAAGUCAAGGAGGUUGCAGUAGUAACCGAGGAAGUGCGAGAGCAACUUAUUGAAGCUUCUACUGUCACUAAGAAAGCCUUCACCACUUACCGAAGGGAGGCUGAUGCAGAUGAGCAUCUGAAUGUGGCGGAGGGGCUGAGCAGCUCAGGAGAGAAGAACCAGGAUGACAAUGAGAUGAGCGUGAUCAUAACCAUCAUGCAGCCAAUCCUGCGCCUUCUGCAGCUCCUUUGUGAGAACCACAACCGUGAACUGCAGAACUUCCUUCGCUGUCAGAACAACAAAAACAACUACAAUGUGGUGUGUGAGACACUGCAGUUCCUUGAUUGUAUAUGUGGCAGCACUACAGGAGGUCUGGGGCUGCUGGGGCUUUAUAUUAAUGAGAAAAACGUCGCUCUCAUAAACCAGACUGUGGAGAGCCUGACAGAGUACUGCCAGGGCCCUUGCCAUGAAAACCAGAAUUGUAUUGCCACGCAUGAAUGUAAUGGCAUUGACAUCAUCAUCGCUCUCAUUCUCAAUGACAUCAACCCUCUCGGAAAGAAGAGGAUGGACUUGGUCCUGGAGCUUAAGAAUAACGCCUCAAAACUGCUACUUGCCAUCAUGGAAAGCCGCCACGACAGUGAGAACGCGGAGCGAAUCCUGUAUAACAUGAGGCCUAAAGAACUGGUGGAAGUGAUCAAAAAGGCCUACAUGCAAGGAGAAAUUGAGGUAGAGCACAACGAUGAUGAUGAGCAUGGUGAGGAAGAGCACGCUGCUUCUCCACGAAAUGUGGGUCACAACAUCUACAUCCUGGCCCAUCAGUUAGCCAGACACAACAAGGAACUCCAGGCCAUGCUGAAGCCAGGAGGGACGUAUGGGGAGGGUGAUGAAGCUUUAGAGUUCUAUGCCAAACACACAGCACAAAUCGAGAUCAUCCGCCUGGAUCGCACAAUGGAGCAAAUUGUUUUUCCCGUCCCCAACAUUUGCGAAUUUCUGACCCAGGAGUCCAAACUCCGCGUCUAUUACACCACGGAGCGUGACGAACAGGGUAGCAAGAUCAAUGACUUCUUCUUACGCUCCGAAGACCUCUUCAAUGAGAUGAACUGGCAGAAGAAGCUGCGAGCUCAGCCCAUCCUGUACUGGUGUUCCCGUAACAUGUCCUUUUGGAGCAGCAUCUCCUUUAAUCUCGCCGUCCUCAUGAACUUGUUGGUAGCAUUCUUCUAUCCACUGGAAGGAGUGCGUGGAGGCACCCUGGAGCCACACCUUUCUGCACUGCUUUGGGUGGCAAUGUUGGUUUCACUGGCCAUAGUUAUAGUUCUGCCCCAACCUCACGGGAUUCGGGCUCUGAUCGCUUCCACUAUAUUACGCCUCAUAUUUUCAGUUGGCCUGGAGCCCACACUUUUCCUUCUCGGAGCCUUCAAUGUGUGCAAUAAAGUGAUUUUUCUAAUGAGUUUCGUGGGAAACCGCGGUACGUUCACAAGAGGAUACAAGGCAAUGAUCAUGGAUGUGGAGUUCCUGUAUCAUCUGCUUUACCUCAUUAUAUGCAGCCUUGGAGCCUUUGUUCAUGUCUUCUUCUACAGCUUGCUUCUCUUUGACCUGAUCUACCGAGAGGAGACGCUGUUAAACGUCAUCAAGAGUGUAACCAGGAACGGCCGCUCGAUCGUUUUGACCGCAGUGCUGGCUCUCAUCCUGGUCUACCUCUUCUCCAUCGUUGGAUACAUCAUCUUCAAGGAUGAUUUCAUCCUGACCGUGGACAGGAUAUCCAAUAAAACACUUGAGCAAUCCGCAGGUAAGAUGGGAGAGUUCCUGGCAGGCUCGGUGUGCCGGAAAGAGGAGAACUGUUCCACAGAGACCAUGAUGGAUGCUGUGGUAAUGCAAUCGACUGCGGUCGUGAUUGAGGAUAAGGAGAGGACGUGUGACUCGUUGCUCAUGUGUAUCGUCACCGUGUUGAGCCACGGCCUGCGGAGCGGCGGUGGGGUCGGAGAUGUUUUGCGCAAACCUUCUAAAGAGGAGCCUCUUUUUGCAGCUCGUGUGAUUUACGACCUCCUCUUCUUCUUCAUGGUCAUCAUCAUCGUCCUCAACCUCAUUUUUGGGGUCAUCAUUGACACCUUUGCUGACCUCAGAAGUGAAAAGCAGAAGAAAGAGGAGGUUCUGAAAACGACUUGCUUUAUUUGUGGAUUGGAGAGGGACAAGUUUGACAACAAAACAGUGACAUUUGAGGAGCACAUUAAGGUGGAGCACAACAUGUGGCAUUAUCUCUUCUUCAUCGUGCUGGUGAAAGUGAAAGACUCCACGGAGUUCACAGGGCCUGAGAGCUAUGUGGCCGAAAUGAUCCGGGAACACAACUUGGACUGGUUUCCACGGAUGCGGGCCAUGUCGCUGGUUAGCAGUGACGCCGAGGGCGAACAGAACGAGAUCAGGAAUCUUCAGGAGAAACUUGACUCCACUAUGAAGCUCGUCUCCAAUCUGUCAUGCCAGCUCACUGAACUGAAAGAACAGAUGACAGAGCAGAGGAAACAGAAACAGAGGAUCGGGCUAUUGGGACACCCCCAACACAUGAACGUGAACCCCCAGCAGCCCGCCUGAACCCCUGUUCCACUGGCCGAGUGUCCUACAGCUGUCUCCUGCAGGCGCAUCAGCCUUUCUGUGUGCGUGUGUAUAAACGUGUGU